AUGUUUUGGCGAUUUGGGGGCUACUCCAAUAUCUCCUCCAUCGACACCCUGCUCGAAAAGCCCAAUGUCAGGCUCGAAGAUUUACUGGAAGAGUCCGACCUCAUUCAGGAGCUCAAGUCGCACCAUACCAAAUUGAUAGAAUACCUGCGCGACGAAUCGAAUCUACGUGCUCUCCUAAACUACGUUAUUACACCGGGCCCGGUGUCUGAAUCCGAUGAAAAUGAGGAGGAUGCGAAAGCCAAAGACCUCGCGACGGGUGGCGAGGAUGACCCGCCGCCUUUCGACGAAGAACAAGAGAAGGCUGAGAAGAAACGCUUGAAAUAUGCCUUUGUCGCUUGUGAGAUCCUGUCGUGCGAGACCUGGUCGAUCACAGAGUCGCUGGUGGCCAACACUCCUGAUCUCACGGGAUUUUGGGAUUUUCUGCGGAGACCCGCUCCAUUGGACCCCCUACAGGCAGGCUAUUUCACAAAGGUCAACGAGACGUUGCUGGAAAAGAAGACGGAGGAGAUGUUGGAUUUCUUCAAAUCUCUGCCGGGAAUUGUUCCUGCCAUUCUGCAGCACGUCGACUGUCCCAUGGUGAUGGAUCUCCUGCUGAAAAUCAUCAGCUUGGAAAAAUCAGAUGGCGGAAUGGGCAUCGUUGACUGGCUCCACGCACAAGAUCUGAUCCCAAUGCUCCUUUCCAACCUGUCUCCAGAAUGCAACUCGUCGACCCAGACCUCGGCCGGGGAUUUUUUGAAAGCCAUCAUAACAAUAUCUGCGAAUGCGGCUCAAAAUGAGCAAUCCUGCAUCGGCCCCAACAGCCUGACGCGCCAACUGGUGUCGGAAAAGUGUAUUCGACAGCUGAUUUCGUACAUGCUCAAAGGAGGGAAUCCCCUGACUGUGGGCGUGGGAAUUGUCAUCGAAGUUAUCCGGAAGAACAACUCCGACUAUGAUCCAGAUCAAGGUCACAGCGCUGACGCCCCUCCAACUAAUCACGACCCCAUCUAUCUCGGCACGCUCCUGAGAUUGUUCGCCCAGCAUGUUCCGGAUUUCAUGAACCUCAUCCUCAGCUCCAAGCACACCGUCACCAAAGGUGAGGAAACGCGGAUAGUGGAGCGAGGUCAACUCAAAUCAGCAUGGGGCACGCAGAUCGAGCCUCUCGGCUUUGACCGAUUCAAGACCUGUGAGUUGAUGGCAGAACUCUUGCAUUGCAGCAACAUGGGUCUUUUGAACGAGAGGGGCAGUGAAGAGUUCAUCAAGGCAAGGGAUGCCGAAAGAGAGAGACUUCGGGCGCAGGGGGCGUUUCUGUCCAACCGACAAUCAGAAGAUUCAACAGUCGACAUCUCGGCGAGUUCGUCGAGGUUUGAAAAUGCGUUCACUCCGUCGGGGUCCACCUCGACCGAAGAGCUCCGCAUCGCCAACCUGAACGAUGAGGAUGGGUUUGAGAAGGUCGCUGUUUCGGAGGCCCCGGAUCUCGGUGUGGGCUCGAAACCGGAUGCGGCUGAAAAGCCAACACUAUUCUCGCAAUCGCAGGAGCAUCCGACCACGCCGACCGGUGCUUUGGAUGAGACCGUGCGCCGACUCAGCCUCGAAGACACGGACAUGACUGCACCCGACGAGCAUGAACAGACGACAGCGCGAGAGCCUCAACAAGGAGACAUUUCACCUCAUCCUGAGGACAAACCGGCACCGCUGUUCUCCAAAUCGACGGAUCCUAAUAAGACUCCCACAGCUAACAGCCCGGAACCGUCUACAAGUCCGUCAACCGUGAAAAUUCGACUUGACGAAGGAGGCCAGCCAGACGGCGAAUCCUUCCAAUCGGCCCAAGAUGACACCAUGCACAACGUCCAGCCCGAGCACACCGCUGCAGAGUCGGCACCGGUCGUCGGGGAUUACUUGAAGAUCAUGUUCGUGGAGAACCGGGUGGUUCCAACGAUUUUGAGUUUCUUUUUCCGCUUUCCCUGGAAUAACUUCCUCCACAACGUCGUGUAUGAUGUGGUGCAGCAAGUCUUCAACGGGCCAAUGGACCGGGGCCACAACCGAUUCUUAGCAUUUGAUCUUUUCGAAACCGGGCGGAUUACUGACGCGAUCAUUGAAGGUCAGCGACGAAGUGAUGAGGAACAACGGGCGAGGAAUAUGCGUCUGGGAUACAUGGGCCACCUGACGCUGGUAGCCGAAGAGGUCGUCAAGUUUGGCGAACGACACCCCAGAGAGUUGCUGUCACCUGUCGUGCAGGACUACAUCUACUCUCAAGCUUGGGAGGAAUACGUGACCAAGACACUUGCCGAGACUAGAGAACGCGACAAUGCUAUCUUGGGAGGCUUUCGACCGGACAACGGUCUCGGUCCCAGACAAGCUGUCCUGAAUGCUGUCAAUGCAGGUCAAGGCUUCGGUGUCUCGGGCGGGUUGGCUGGCGUAGGACUGGGCGGUGGCCAACAUGCUCUGGACAGCAUCGACUUGUCCAACAAUGGCAGCGCCACUAGUGCUGGCUACAAUUCAAGUGGAUCCGUUUCCAGUGGGUUUGGAAGCUCGUCCGACGACGACGAUGAAGAUAUGGAUGAUGCCGAGGACGAUGAGCAUGUGCGGACGGUGACCCAGCUAUCUUCUACUGAUAAUGGUCUUUCGUCGGAGAACUCCGACCAGCCAAUCCCUUUGCUUCCACCUCCACCCGCACCACUCAACAUCGAGCCAUCACGUGCUCGUCGGCGGUUGGCUGAUCGUUUAGCGAGACACAAGCAAGAGGCCGAGCAAGAAGUGGCUGCCUCCGAGUUCGGUUCCGAAGCAGACGACCCGUUCGCGGCGCUGGGAAACGGCGGCGAUAACGACGGCGGCGACCAAUUUUCGUUAGACGAGGAAGAGCAAGACAUUACGACGUUUGGGAAGCGCAGCAAUGUCAACUCGUUCAAUCCCAGCACGAGUGAUCACCACAGCUUUUCCGUCAGCCGAGGCCUGACCAGUCUGUUUUCUUCAGCGCCCAGUCGGGACAUGCACGGACAAACAUCGCAUGACGACUUUGACGGGUCUCUCGAUGAUUCGUCGUCUGACGGGUCGGGUUCUGACAUCGAUUCGGGACAUCCACCCCUGGAAGCGAGGACGAGUCUCGAGCGUCGGCCCCUGGAAGUUUUUGAAGACGAAGAGAUGGGAGAGAUGGUGACUCCCACGGAAGACGUCGAGAGCAAUAGUUCUGACGAAGAAGUGCUGAGUCCGUUGGAAAAAGAAAAGCUGCCCAACGCGUAUGGCAUGAAUGACGAUCCCGACGAGCAGGCCUCGGAGUUCGCGGGACAAGCGGAUCAUGAUGACGACGAGGAGGAUCAUUUGGUUGAGAUUGCGAUGCCAGCUAGCUCGAAGCGGAGAUCUCGAGGGUGA